ACAGCUCGAGCUCAAGUUGUCGCACCUGCCGAGCCACUUCAGGUCGACAGCGGCUCGCUCUCGGCCAGGAAGCGCUGGUAUCGUCCGCCACUGCGAGGCUUCACGGGGCAGUUUCGAAGAGAGCGAAACCUCAACGCGGUGAAGCAGAAGUCCAGCGCGAGUUGAAGUGUCACCGUCGUCGUGCUGGUUAAAAGGAGGAAAAUGGUGGUUCUGACCUGAAGCUCGGCUCCAUCUGGUGAAUAAUCACAGCGACAGGAGAAUGUCUGCUCCGGGAGGAGACACGCAACACUCACCUGCCACCUCCACUAAACCAGCGCAGGAGGGGGGGGUUCAGGAAGAGCCGGAUCUGUAUGAGGCUCCGGAGGAGGAAGAGGAAGUGAGCGUCUCUGCUCACCUGGAGCCUGCGACUCUGCCCUGGCCUGGAGACAAAGUCAAACUCCAGCCAUCGGCGGAUGAGAAGGCCACGCGGGAGGAUGAAGUCAGAGGAGAGGGUGCCGUGGACCAGGAGGGGGAGGACAGGAAGACCAAGUGGAGAGAGAGCAUGCCAGAGGGGGAGCGGUGGAGGGAUGAUGUGAUGGAGGCCGAGCACCAGGGAGACGGUUCUCUGGCAGAUGAUGAAGAGGAGGACGAUGAGGAAGAGGAGGACGAGUCCUACUGGGUCUCAGAGAAGACGGCUCUUGGCAUCACUCCACAAGUCACCAUUGUCCGUCGCAGCAGUGAAGGGCCUCCAGAGGAGAGUCGGCUCUUCAUCGAGAAAGAGGCGGAGGUGGAGCCUUUCAGUAGGGGGCGACACCUGGACGCCAUGUUGGCUGAAGAGGAGGACGACAAGUACUACCACAGUGGGUCCUUGUGCAGUGAGAAAGUCCGUGUCUCCCUGGCAACCGCAGCUGCGGUGGUUCUCUUCCCGCUCCUGGUGUGGGGAGGUUAUGCCCUCCUCCCCUUUGAUUCGCCCCUGCUUCAGACCACCCCCCUCAGGGUGGUCUACACACUGCGAUGCUCCUUCUUCGCCAUCAUUCCCAUCCUGCUUGGUGUGGUGGUCCAGGGCUUGGCCCGGCUCCGCCAUGGCGACCUGCAGCCCCUCUACCAGAACAAGCUGCCUGACAAGGAGGUGACGGUGCACUGGCACUACGUCAACGAAUCACUCAGCCUCUUCCUCUUCUACUUCCUGCAGCUGGCUGUCAUGGCCACCUAUGUCAGCCAGGACCUGGUCAAGCUGGUCCCGCUGCUGACCAUCGUCUUCGCCUUUGGCAGGUUGGUCUACUGGCUGUGCCUGUGCCUGGGCAGCAGCAUCAGAGGACUCGGCUUCGGAUUCUCCUACUUCCCCAUCCUGGUGAUGUUGGGUGCCAACCUCUACUACAUCUGCUCAGGGGUGGGGCAGGGGGCGGUGUUCGAUGUAGCCCCACCCACCACAGCACCACCUCCCCGCCAGCGCUGGUGGGGUUAGGAUGGACCCAGGACACUCCUAAAUCUGGUGACUUUUUAUACAGGUGAUCCUAAAUAAUGCUUUUACAGUUUUCUUUGAAAAUUGACUUCACUCCAGAUGUGUAGGAAUGACGUGCUCACCUUUGUACGUCAGUUGACUGCAGCUUUUGGACGACCAGGUUUAUUUUUGUAAAAAUAUCUGGAAAGAUUAUCAGUGUUUUGGGACUGAGUGAGUCUAAUAAACUUCUUUUAUUUACUGCAUUGGUUAAUUUG